AUGUCAACUUCUUGUACCGAUGGACGUGCCACCUGUGCCAGCACCUUAUUACCCAACAGUGUAUCAAUUCGAGUAGCCAUUUUAUCUAACAUAUCAUCUCUCGAAUCUCUAAUCUGGUUGGUGUAUACUGAUUUAACUCGAGCAUCUAUUCUAGGGUUUAAAGGUUCAGUUCAGUCCGGUUUUUUGCCCCGAAAACGCGCAACCGUGGACCGCAACCGGUCCAGGACCGACCCAGAUAUUGAGGGAACCGAACCGAACCACCUAGGACCGGUCUUUUGCGGUCCAUGAUACCAGUUCAGACCGAUCCAGACCGGUUUUUUUGCAUAUAAUUUAUUAUACCAAUAUAAACCAUUUAUAUCUCAACCAUUAUUACUCUGAAAAUAAACGGGUUAUAUAAAAUAGUAAAGCAUAUAAAUACCCGUCAUUCUACCAAUUUU